ACACAGAUUUUUUUUUUCUCUGAGAGAGACAGAGAGAGCGAAACUUGAGAGACCAAAAUCCAAUCUUUUCAACAAUCGAUUCUCUCUGAGAAAACCAACAAUAAAGCUAGACACUUUUUUUUGUGGGUUUGUCUUCUUCUUCGUUCAUGCACCAUGUUGUGUUACGUGAACGAAGAAGCUAUAUAAUCAAUAAAUCUUAUCGAUUUGUUGAGUUUGGGAAUCGGAGAGAAAGAUGUUAACAAAGGUGCUUAGUAAGGAGGUUAAGCCAUGCCUUGCUUGUCCAAUCUGCACUAAUCCGUUUAAGGAUGCCACCACAAUCUCCGAGUGUCUCCACACCUUUUGCAGGAGCUGCAUUCGUAACAAGUUCAUAAAUGAGAGAGUGAACGCUUGUCCAGUCUGCAACGUUAACCUCGGUGUUUUUCCUCUAGAGAAACUUCGGUCGGAUUGCACUUGGCAGGAUUUGAAGCUGAAAAUCUACCGAGCAAUGAUGGAAAGCUUAAAGAAGGCAGGACCUAAAACUGUUGCAGCGUCUGUGAAAUCUUCGAAAAAGAAGAGAAAAUCUCGAACUUCACUGCGGGUCUCUUCAUCUAGAGUAUCAUCCUCACCUGAUACUCCAUUGGAACCAGCCAAUGUGGUUGUGGAACCACCUAAUGUGGUUGUGGAGGAGAAACAUAGGGAGACCGUUCUAGCUCUUCAAAGCACUAGAAAACCGAUAAUCACGUUCCAGAAACGUGGGAGAAAAGCUUCACUCCCGAAGAAGAUUGAUUCGAAACCAGAACCCGAACUGCCUCCUAAGGAGCCUAAAAUUAAGAAUCUAUUUGACCUGAACAACGAACCUGAAGACAAUGGAUUGGACGAAGCUGAAGGAUCAACUUUUCAGGAAGUCGUACCAAAGGAGAAAGAUCUUUGUAAACCUAUUUUCUCUCUCUCUGUCACUCUAAACAUCAACGAUACUCCUCCUGAUAUCGUUGAGCCUGAGAUAAGUUCGGAUGACGACACAGAGGAAUCUGUUGAACCUAUUCAGAACAAGUGUGUUGUGAAUAGAGAAACAAAGGAAGUUCCUGUUCAAGUGAAUCAAAACAGUCUCCUUAUUAGCUCUGAUAGGGAUAGAGAGGACAACUCUGGUCAGAAACUGAAGACCAAUGGUGCUGCUACCUCCAGAUCAAGGAAGAAGAAAGGUAAGAAACCGGUGGAAAAGAGCUAUUCUUUGAGACCCCGAAUAGGCAGGAGGACGGUUAAUCCAGCAGCUGGUACUACUACACCAGAAGCUCCGGUUUCCGUGGAAGAGGAGAUGAAAGUUGAAGAAGGACGUAACAACAAUCCAGUUUGGUUUUCACUAAAGCCUUCCAAGACUCAGAACAUUGAAAUGCUACUUCCACCGAUCACCGCUUGCUGCAUAAGAGUAAAAGAUAGCAACAUGACUGUCUCAUAUCUCAAGAAGUAUCUAAUGGUGAAGCUCGGUCUCGAAAGCGAAGACCAAGUGGAGAUAUGGUUAAGGGAUGAGCCAGUGUGUUCGUCACUGACACUACAUAACUUGGUGGAUUGGUGGGUCCAAACAACUCCAUUGCCUGAGCGACAAAGCGCGAUGGUCGGAAGCUCCGCUGCUGAAUUCAUCAUGGAUCUCUAUUACAGCUUCAAAUCUGACGCCUCUGACUCUGGCUCUGCCUCUGAAUAAUUCUUCUCAGAACUUCAAACUUUACUCUUCUUCUAAACUCAUUUCUUGCAGAAUAAGUUUCUUUUGAAAGACUUCUAGUUUUAGCAUCUUUCUUUAUUUAAUAAUUGCUGAGACCUAAAUAUGGAAAACUCUUUAUUUAUUUGAUUUGCUUGCUUUUUGAGGACUCAAACGGUAUCGUUUUGUACUAAUUAAAUAGAAGCUCAUUUUAGCUAGCUUGAG